AUGACCUCCUCUCCCAGCGCUGGCCCUCCAGACUUGAUAGCCACAGCCGUGGAAGUCGAUACGUUGGCGACAGAGGAUGACUCUACCUACGGAGACGAGUUGGAUUCUUUAACUACAUCAGUCAUAUCCUCAGCCCUUGAUUAUCCCAACGAGAAUGGCAGACGUUAUCACGCAUAUCGAACCGGACGAUACAUGAUGCCGAACGACGAAGACGAAAAGGAAAGGCUCGACAUCAUGCACGAGAUGUUUUUGACGAUGAUGGAUCGGGAAUUAUUCCUGGCGCCGCUAAGUGAUUCGCCACGUCGGGUUCUAGACCUGGGAGCUGGCAGCGGAAUAUGGGCUUUGGACUUUGCCGAUCAGUUCCCUUCAGCAGAAGUCACGGGGAAUGAUUUAAGCCGGAUUCAACCAAGCUAUGCCCCCCCGAACGUCAAGUUCAUUAUUGAUGAUUACGAAGCCGAAUGGGCGUAUGGAGACUGCAGAUUUGACUUUAUCCACGGUCGUUAUCUUGCAUUCUCUGUCAACAAUUUUCAGGGAUUGAUCAAUCAAUGCUAUGACAACCUUGCUCCAGGAGGAUGGGUUGAAUUUCAAGACUGGGAUGGUAAUUUAUACUCACAAGACGGUUCGAUUGAAGGAACAUCCAUGAAACAGUACUUCGAUGCAAUUAUCCCGGCGAUGGAGAAAACAGGAAAGGAUCCCAGUCCGGGACCAAAAUACGAACGAUGGCUUCAAGCAGCUGGGUUUCGCGAUAUUGAGGUCCAAAAGUUCGUCAUUCCUGUAGGUGCAUGGCCGAAGGACAAACGUCUGAAAUAUCUAGGCAUCUGGAACUUAUUACAAUCUGAAACUGGGUAUGAAGCCACUGCUAUGGCGGUAUUAACGAGAGAGGAAAAAUGGUCCAAGGAAGAAGUGAGCGCUCUGGUGGCCAAAGCAAAAAAUGAUACGAAAAACCGUAAUAUUCAUGGACUCCUCGAUUUCUACGUCGUCUAUGGUCGGAAGCCGAGCGGAUAGUCUAGUAUCCGCUUCGAUAUCUCUGUCACUGUCUGAGGGCGACAGCAAAAACGAACCUGUUGAUCUCACUCUUGCAAUCUCGCUCUUACAAUCUCAAUCUUUCUAUUUCCUUGUCCCCUUCCAAUUUCCAUUUGCUUGCAGCUUUGUAAUUUUUACAUAGUUAGCACCCGCUUAGUAGGUACCUAGUGCAAACUCUACUUUACUUCUUUCUCUUCACCAUAUCUAUUAUCUAAUGCACAUCUUAAGGGGCCUUAUAUUAUAGUUAGUUUAUGUUGAGCAAAGGUAUAAGUAC